AUGGCAGCUGUUGUCGAGAAUGUUGUCAAACUAUUGGGAGAGCAGUGCUACAGAGAUGCCAUGGAGCAAUGCCAUAACUACAACGCUCGUCUGUGUGCGGAGAGGAGCGUACGCAUGCCCUUCCUCGACUCUCAAACGGGUGUGGCUCAGAGCAACUGCUACAUCUGGAUGGAGAAGAGGCACAGAGGGCCUGGGAGGGCUCCGGGGCAGCUCUACACAUACCCUUCCAGAAGGUGGAGGAAGAAGAGACGAUCCCAUCCUUCCGAGGACCCCAGGCUCGUCUUUCCUCCGGUCAAGUCAGAGGUGGACUUUGGACUGAAGAAGGAUGCCAUCUUGUCGUCUGACGGCAGCAGCCUGGAGGCCUUGCUUAAAGGCGACUCUCUAGAGAAACGCACACCCGCCGAUUUCCGGGCAUCUGAGGAAGACUCCAAUCUCAGCGACUACACCGCCAGCUUAAACCCUUCCACGCGCAUCAGAAAAAAAAUCCUGGAGCCCGACAGCUUUCUCGAUGACUUGGAUGACGAAGACUAUGAGGAAGACACGCCAAAGAGAAGAGGCAAAGGGAAGGGAAAGGGUCGCGGUGUGGGCGGCGGCAGGAGGAAGCUGGACUCGGCAGCGAUAGAGGAACGUGACAAGCCGUACGCUUGCGACAACACUAUCAAACAAAAGCAUAUUUCCAAACCUUCUGAAAAAGUCUGCGGCAAACGUUACAAAAACCGCCCCGGCCUGAGCUACCACUAUACCCACUCGCACCUGGCGGACGAGGAGGGCGAUGACAGGGAGGAGAUGGAGGUCAGCGAGCCACCGCCGCUGCCGCCUGAGGUUCCUAAAACUCCUAAGAAAGGCCCGGAUGGGUUGGCCCUGCCCAACAAGUAUUGCGACUUCUGCUUGGGAGACACCAGAACCAACCACAAGACAGGCCAAUCCGAAGAACUGGUAUCCUGUUCUGACUGCGGACGCUCGGGCCACCCGUCCUGCCUGCAGUUCACACCCAUCAUGAUGGCCGCCGUCAAGACUUACCGCUGGCAGUGCAUCGAAUGCAAGUGCUGUAACAUGUGCGGCACCUCGGAGAACGACGACCAGCUGCUCUUCUGUGACGACUGCGACCGAGGUUACCAUAUGUACUGCCUCAAGCCGCCCAUGGCUGAACCCCCAGAGGGGAGCUGGAGCUGUCACCUGUGCGUGGACCUCCUCAAAGACAAAGCGUCCAUCUACCAGAAGCAGGACGCGCCACCCUCGUGA